AUGCUGGCAUCACCAUCUACAUCAGGUCAGCUGUCUCAGUUUGGGGCAAGUUUAUACGGGCAACAAAGUGCACUAGGCCUUCCUAUGAGGGGGAUGAGCAACAAUACCCCUCAGUUAAAUCGCAGCUUAUCACAAGGCACUCAGUUACCGAGCCACGUCACGCCAACAACAGGGGUACCAACAAUGUCACUUCACACGCCUCCAUCUCCAAGCAGGGGUAUUUUGCCUAUGAAUCCUAGGAAUAUGAUGAACCACUCCCAGGUUGGUCAGGGCAUUGGAAUUCCUAGCAGGACAAAUAGCAUGAGCAGUUCAGGGUUAGGUAGCCCCAACAGAAGCUCGCCAAGCAUAAUAUGUAUGCCAAAGCAGCAGCCUUCUCGACAGCCUUUUACUGUGAACAGUAUGUCUGGAUUUGGAAUGAACAGGAAUCAGGCAUUUGGAAUGAAUAACUCCUUAUCAAGUAACAUUUUUAAUGGAACAGAUGGAAGUGAAAAUGUGACAGGAUUGGACCUUUCAGAUUUUCCAGCAUUAGCAGACCGAAACAGAAGGGAAGGAAGUGGUAACCCAACUCCGUUAAUAAACCCCUUGGCUGGAAGAGCUCCUUAUGUUGGAAUGGUAACAAAACCAGCAAAUGAGCAAUCCCAGGACUUCUCAAUACACAAUGAAGAUUUUCCAGCAUUACCUGGUUCCAGCUAUAAAGAUCCAACAUCAAGUAAUGAUGACAGUAAAUCUAAUUUGAAUACAUCUGGCAAGACAACUUCAAGUACAGAUGGACCCAAAUUCCCUGGAGAUAAAAGUUCAACAACACAAAAUAAUAACCAGCAGAAAAAAGGGAUCCAGGUGUUACCUGAUGGUCGAGUUACUAACAUUCCUCAAGGGAUGGUGACAGACCAAUUUGGGAUGAUUGGCCUGUUGACAUUUAUCAGGGCAGCAGAGACAGACCCGGGAAUGGUACAUCUGGCAUUAGGAAGUGACUUAACAACAUUAGGCCUCAAUCUGAACUCUCCAGAGUGUUUUUCAUUUUAUUAUCCAGACUUCCAUGUUCCAUCUGAGUACUUAACGAACAUUCACAUUAGGGAUAAGCUGGCUGCAAUAAAACUUGGCCGAUAUGGAGAAGACCUUCUCUUCUAUCUCUAUUACAUGAAUGGAGGAGAUGUAUUACAACUUUUAGCUGCAGUAGAGCUUUUUAACCGUGAUUGGAGAUACCACAAAGAAGAACGAGUAUGGAUUACCAGGGCACCAGGCAUGGAGCCAACAAUGAAAACCAAUACAUACGAGAGGGGAACAUAUUACUUCUUUGACUGUCUUAACUGGAGGAAAGUAGCUAAGGAGUUCCAUUUGGAAUAUGACAAAUUAGAAGAACGGCCUCACCUGCCAUCCACCUUCAACUACAACCCUGCUCAGCAAGCCUUCUAAAAAGACUUCCCUUUUCUUGGGGUAUGGCUGUCUCAGCACAAUACUCAACAUAACUGCAGAACUGAUGUGGCUCAGGCACCCUGGUUUUAAUUCCUUGAGGAUCUGGCAAUUGGCUUACGUAAAAGGUCACCAUUUGAGGUCCUGCCUUACUAAUUAUGUGCUGCCCAACAACUAAAUUUGUAAUUUGUUUUUCUCUAGUUCGAGCAGGGUCUGAAUUUUUUCAUUUAUUUUCCUUUUUGCCAGCAGACAGACUUGGGUCUGUAAAGACAAGCAAGUACACUGACAGAAGUUUACCAUUUAGUUUCUAAAAUGUAAAAAAGAAAACCCACAAAAGACUCAACAAAAUUAGACCACAAAAUUUGCAUUGUUCAUUGUAGCACUAUUGGUAAUAAAAUAACAAAUGUUUGUGCAUUUUUAUGUGAGGAUCCUUCUCGUAUUUCAUUUGGAAAGAUGAGCAAGGUCUGCUUCCUUCAUUUUACUUCCCCUUCUGUUUUUGAAAGGCAGUUUUGCCAGGCUUAAUGCAAGAAUAUCUGACUGUUUAGAAGAAAGAUAUUGCCACAAUCUCUGGAUGGUUUCCAGGGUUGUGUUAUUACUGAGCUUCAUCUUUCCAGAAUGAGCAAAACACUGUCCAGUCUUUGUUACGAUUUUGUAAUAAAUGUGUACAUUUUUUUUAAAUUUUUGGACAUCACAUGAAUAAAGGUAUGUAUGUACGAAUGUGUA